UGCAGCGCUUCUGUUUGGACGCUUUUUAUCAUAAACAAUUUCUCGUUUUACUGAAGGAAGUCAUUAGCUUCGACUCACUUAUCUAUUUUUCAUGUUUGAAACGUCAAAACUUAACUCGGGGUGUCGGUGUUAGUGGUUAAAUCCAGGGAUAGGAAAGGUGUCGAGAGUCAAACAGCAGCCUUUGGAGGCCAUAAGGAGAGAAGCACAAGGAUAAACGAAUGAGCAUUUGAUUUGGACUUAAACUCUACACGCUUUGGAGUCUCGCCAGAAGAGAGAGGAAUCACUGCCGAAAGUGCUAAGAUAAGCUUCACAUACAGGGUCCAUUAUGGACAAGACAUUUCUGGUGACGUCAUCCCAGCGUGUUUGCGCCAUUUGCGGUGAUCGCUCGUCGGGAUUCCAUUAUGGUGUACAAAGCUGCGAGGGCUGCAAAAGCUUCUUCAAGCGAACAGUACAGAAGCAGCUACAAUACGCAUGCGUCGAAAGCAAAUCCUGCCAGAUUGACAAAAACAACCGCAUUCGGUGCCAGUACUGCCGGUUCCAAAAGUGUUUGGCGCUAGGAAUGCUAAAAGAAGCUGUUCGUGAGGACCGAGCACCUGGCGGAAGACCUCGUAUCAAAUCGCUGAUUGGUUUAAAGGAGAACGCUGAAACAUUCGUCUCGUCGGAGCUGAUUAUUCAACUUAUCCAAGCAAGGCCUGACGCCAUCCCUAAGCGAAGACCGGAUUACCUGGAGCUCGGGCUGAAUGACAUGUGUCCACUCAACCCGGUGGAAGCCAUCAUGGAGUUAACGCUCCAGGAGGUGGAGCACGUGAUCAACUGGGCAAAUAGGGUGCCGGGAUUUUGUGACGUCGACAAGGAGGAUCAAAUCAGCUUAUUAUCGGAAGGUCUGCUUGAGGUCCUGAUAUUGCGCAUAUGCCAGCGAUCUACGCCCCACCAAGGCGCGGUCAUGGUAGCCAAGGACACACUCCUGAGCCCGGAUAACGUGUUUAAUAUUGUCCUGGAGCAAUGGGCGGGGCAGCUCUCCUGCUUCGCCUACAAGCUACAAAGUCUUCAACUCGAUAUGGCCGAGUUUGCGUGCGUCAAUGCUAUCAUGCUUUUCGAACAAGAGACAAGUGGGGGUCUAAGAAACCGCGACUUGGUUGAUUUUGUACUAAAUCGCACAUUGGACGCUUUACGCGAUUACAUCAAGUCAUCUUAUCCUGAGAAGCCCAGUCGAUUCGCGCAUAUCCUCCUCAAGCUGCCGACUUUACGGGACAUGGCGACCAGGAUGGCAGAGGAAUGCUUAUUCGCCCAGUCCCUACUCCACCUAGCCAUACCACAGCUAACAUCGAGAAUGGUAGAACUAAAUCAUGGCAGGCCGUAGAAUGUUUGGCUACCACUUACUCUGGUAUAAAAAAACUUGCUUUGCGCUUUGAAUCCGUAAAUCGGUUGUUGCUUCAUAACUCGUAAAAAGUAUCAAUAAAAAAAUAAUGAUAAGAACUGCAUCAAAUAUCAAAAGCAAUCCAAUCCAAGAUUCCGAUCUUUCUCUCACAAUUCACUCACGUAAUGCCAGAUUCUACUGUUUACGACCAAAGACUAGUAAACAAAUCCGACCAAUGACUUUUGAUUGAAACCCAGCUAUUUUCUCUGUCAAUCAAUUGUAUUGAAUUUCUGAGUCUCCCAUUGAACAAAUUAAUGCACUAGGAGUGAAUAACGAUGGCAUAUUUGAUUGUUUCGAUAUGUUGUCCCCUAGUGUGUGGCAUUGUACGUUUAAAUUGUUUUUUUUUCUGCGCGCGACCGGAACUGUUGAAUGGCCUUCGUGCAUUCGUUACCCAUUUGAUUUUAAUAACACACACCGUCAUAGAAGUUGACUAAAAAAAACAAGCGGCUAAGAAAACGAAAACAAAGUAAAGAUUUGCCUGUUGGUUUUAACUCCUAAGAACCUCUCUUUUCCGGAAAUAUUUGUUAGCAUUUUUGCAAUUUUCGGCGUACCGUUCUGUCAGACAAUUCUUUUGUAAAAAAGGACGUCGCCUCUAGAAGAUGUCUUUCUGAACAUUUUCUGUGAAAUGUUUUCCUAACCUAGAUUGGUUGUCUCAACCUACUGGCGUUGUAUUCGACCCUUUUGUUUGCUCUUUAUUAACGCACUAUUUAACGGUGUUGUGUGGCCAUUGUGUACAAGACAAAGGUUUCUGCAUGUUUAAUACAAGUGCAUACUAAUUUAUUAGUUAAAAAACACACAACAACGCAAGUGUAUAAGAUAUCUACUGCACGAUUUAUUUCAUUAUGUCAACUAUGUCAAACUACUUUGACUUUUCCUAAAUCUGUUUUGUUCAUUAUCUGUUAUAAUUUGACGAGUAUUCUCGUGCCUAUGUACAUAAAUUGUCUGUAGCCAAAGUUUACUAAAAGAAAUAUAUAUCUAUAAAUAUAUUUUAGCGUACCCCUGAGCAUGAGCACAGAUAGCGGGACGGACCGUGUCUUGGACACUUACAAAAUGUAAUGUUCUCCACGGCGUCUUCAUCUAAACGUACUCACACAACGCCGUUCUUUUCGAAACAUUCUCAUGGGCCUGAAAGAAAUGUGAGAAUACAGAGUGAGACCCAAAUCGCUCGAUUCCCCAAUAAAAAUCUGUUUGAUUAUUAAUGGUGACAAUAAAGAUGCAGCCGGAUUUUUCA